GGAAACUUGUAACAACCUGCAGAGAAGCCCUGAGCUCAGGGAAGGAGUUCUGAAGAAUGGCAUCACCUACAACCUUCGGCAGUUUCAGCGCCUGGGACUAUGUCGUUUUUGUUGCCAUCUUGCUGAUCUCGGCCCUGGUGGGAAUCUACCAUGCAGUGGUGGGAAGAGGACGUGAGUCAACCGAAGACUUUCUUCUGGGAAGCCAUCAAAUGAGCUCUGUGCCAGUGGCUCUCAGCCUCACUGCAAGCUUCAUGUCUGCAGUGACAAUGCUGGGGGCUCCAUACGAUACAUAUCACUUUGGGGCUGUCAACGUCUACUUUGCCAUCUCUUACAUGCUUGUGGUGAUUCUCAGUGCCAAAGUCUUCCUGCCAAUCUUCUACAGGCUUGGUGUUACCAGCAGCUAUGAGUACUUGGAGCUGCGGUUUAACAGAUGGGUUCGUUUAUGUGGAACAAUAUUAUUUAUGAUUCAAACAAUUUUAUACACAGGGAUUGUUAUUUAUGCUCCAGCAUUGGCAUUAAAUCAAGUGACAAAUUUCAACCUCUGGGGUUCGAUUAUUUCAACUGGAGUAGUCUGUACUUUCUACUGCACUCUGGGAGGUCUCAAAGCUGUUGUGUGGACAGAUGUAUUUCAGAUUGUCAUCAUGGUGAUUGGGCUUGUGGCAGUCAUUGUUCAAGCCAUAGUAGUGAAAGGGGGCAUCAGUAAGGUACUGAAUACUGCUGAUCACGGGGGCAGACUAAACUUCUGGAAUUUUGACCCCAAUCCGUUCCACCGACAUACCUUUUGGACGAUUGUAAUAGGAGGAACUUUCACAUGGACUGGGAUCUAUGGAGUGAACCAGGCCCAGGUUCAGAGAUACAUCUCUUGCAAAACACAAACUCAAGCCAAAGUUGCACUCUACCUGAAUCUGGUUGGACUGUGGAUUAUGCUUGUGUGCACAGUCCUGUCAGGAUUGGCAAUGUACUCUCUCUACUACGAUUGUGAUCCUUGGACAUCUGGGAAGGUUACAGCUCCAGAUCAGUUAAUGCCCUACAUGGUGCUGGAUAUUCUGGGAAGUUACCCAGGGCUGCCAGGUCUCUUUGUGGCGUGUACAUGUUGUGGGACUUUAAGCACAGUGUCAUCCAGCAUUAAUGCACUAACUGCUGUGACAGUUCAAGAUCUCAUCAAGCCUCAUUUCACAACCCUUUCUGAGAAAAGGCUCGCUUGGAUUUCCAAGGCUAUGAGUCUGCUGUUUGGUGCAGUAUGUAUUGGAAUGGCUGGUUUGGCCUCACUAAUGGGAAGCCUUUUACAGGCAGCUCUCAGUAUUUUUGGAAUUGUUGGAGGACCAAUCUUGGGACUUUUCACUUUAGGCAUUCUGUUUUCCUGGGCCAAUUGCAUUGGUGGAAUUGUGGGACUCAUCUCUGGAUUUGCAUUUACUUUAUGGAUUGGAAUUGGAGCUCAGAUCUGGCCACCACCCCCUGAGGUAACAAUGCCUUUGAACCUCAGCGUUAGUGGAUGUAAUGUCAGCCAGUCAAGAAAUGAGACAUCAUGGGAGACCACUAUCCUUCUGACAACUCUUUCUGAAACAUCCAGGAAAGACAGGACGGAAUUGAGGUUAUGGAGUCAAUACCCUGCCAAAACAGAGUUACUGGAAACGACAACCUUGCCUUCAGUCACAUGUAACCAGAUUGCGGAGAGAACAGAAAAACCUAGAGGGCAAGGAAAAACUAAUUUGUUCAUCAGAUCCAGAGUCUAUGUACGAUUACUUUAUUAUGGCCAUCCCUCUCAUUCUGCUUUUACACGAUAGAAACACUGAAAAUCCAGACUUUUAGAACUCACUGGUUCACAUUCAUGACACUUGUGAUUUUUCCUCUCUAAUCAGGCAUAAGCUGUCCUUGCCUCAAUUCACGGUGUAUGCUCCCACUGCAAAAACUCUACUUCAACUGAUAGUGUUGACCCCAAUCUGUCUUCCUAAAAAGAAACAAUUUUCUGAUUCUGUCACCCUCAAAACCUUCUCCUUAAUAAUUACUUCAACUCAUUUUGAGACAAAACUUCUCCAAAUUGACCCAUCACAAAGUUCUAUUAAUCUAUGGAGAGCAAAAGUGGGUUUUCUACUCAGCAAAUUAAAUUGUUUUCUUUCUCUUGAAGCCAGUGAGCUAUCCAGUUCCUUGUCCCUUGCUUCUAGCUUCUUUAACUUUAAACUUUGAAGAAAAACAAUUUUGCUUUUGUUUUAUCUUGCACCCAUCAGGAUGAUGUGCAAGAAGUGCCAAACUAAAGGAAAAACAUUUUUUUAUUACAUACUGCAUAAUAGAAUGCUGAUUGGUUGGCAAGAGAAUUCUGAUGGAAGCAUAGAUGUGGACAAUAUAUCAGUUACACACUGACUGACAUUUACAUUUAAACAAGUGUGGCAGUUAACCAAGGCAGAUCAACUCUGAUUGGUUAAGGUAUUGUCAUGAGAAAUGAAGCAGAGGAUGGCUGUUAUCGGUUUUAAGUUGAAACAGGUGUGUACAUUGUCUGCAGAGAAUCUGCAUUGAGAGUAGCAGGUUCCAGUACACAGGCUUGCAGCAUAGCAUACUUGUGAUUAUCUUAAUUGGUAUCCUUAGAAUAGCAAAAAAAUUGUUUCCCCCUUGGUAUUUCUAAUGAAGUGUCUUGAUGAAUACAAGGUUAAAACAAACAAAAUGUCUUUUUUUCCCCAACAAUACUCAAGUUCUAUACCAACUUAGUUUUAAACUUAUUGAUUCGUCCAUUACAAGGGGCCUUAUCAAAAGCCUUUUAAAAAUCUAGAUGUUUACAUCUAAUUAUCCUGGUCUACUCUUUUUGUAAACUUUUAAGCUUCAACAAAGUUGAUCAAGUAUGAUUUUCCCUUUUGAAAUGUUUACUGCUUAUUCACUAUUAUAUUGUUGGUUUCUAGAUAUUUUUGUACUCUCUCAUUUAGUAGGCAUCUCAUCAUUUUUCUUAUAAUCGCGGUUAAACUGACUGACUGGUUCAUGGAUUCCUGGACAUAUUUUAUACCGUUAGAAAGAGGUGAUGCAUUAGUUCUCUUCCGGCAUUAUACUUCUCGAGUGCAGACAUCCACAUUUCCUUUGUGAACCAUGGACUGUAAUGGAGGUUAAAUACUGCAACAGUAUAUAGCUGAAAUACCAGGUGAAUUUUGCAGCUUAGGGAAAUAGAGUGUGCACAUUUUAACUGUGUAAUACAAUUUCAACCUUUUGAAAGCAAGAUGAUACUUUGAGGCUGAGUGACAGCAGGAGUCUUUGCAAUAAAGAAAGACUAUCUGA